AUGUAUGAGAAACGUUGAAAAAAUAAAUCUCAACAUAAAACUUCAACACGUACUGAAAUUCAACCAAUUGAUAAUGCACGAACAACAACUGAAAUUCAACCAAGUGAUACUGCACGAACAACAACUGGAAUUCAACCAAGUGAUACUGCACGAACAACAACUGAUAUUGCACGAACAACUACUGAAAUUCAACCAGUUGCUAAUCCAACAAGAUUUAGAAAAGAUCUAAUCUACAGAAAGAUGAUGAAAUAUUAUUAA